CUAGUUGAUCUAUAUACAACUUCAAUACACUCAAUCAACCACGCUGUGCAACAUCUCAACAAGCACACCAUCCAACCAAGCAAUACGAUCACUAUUUGACAAACCACACCAAAAUGCAACUCCCAAUCCACCUCCCAAACCACCGCAAAAACUCCUCAACCAGCAGCAUGCGCUCCUCUUCCUCGUCCUCCUCAUCAUCAAUCGAGGAAACCCUCAUGGCCACGAUGCUCCCGAUGGCUCCGCGGGAGUCCCACUACGUCGUCUCGGAAAAGAGCCGCCAACAAAGACUACUCGCCAAAUGCAAGCGAGUAGUUGCUCUGCCAAGGCCAGCGGAGAGAGAGUGAAUGAAUCGAUCGUCACAAAUGGGAAAGAUUUUGUGAUGGAACGGGAGACCGCCAAGCACGAUCCUUUUGGCGCAAGCUGCUCGACCGAACGAGGAUCUUUGGAGCUCGAUGCGCUCGCAAUAGAGAGUGAUGGCAUUGAACACGAGGAAUUCCUGGUCGUGGAGAACAAAAGCACUGCACUUUGGGGAGGCAUGAAUUAGGGAGUCAAAUCGGCAUCUGGGUCCGGCUAAUGCUCAAAAUGGAAGCCGGUGGAAGUCAAGGUCGGCAAACUUCAGAUUGAUCGUCUGCCGCAUGCGUGGAGUACCGC